AAGAAGAACUCAUUUUGUCUGAAGGAAUGUGCAAUUGCCAUAGCAUUGGCAACUGGAUUGGUCACUGGUGUUCCCGCAUUAGACUGGCCUGCACAUGCAUCCCCGUCAGGCCCUGUGUUGCCUGAUCUCUCUGUUUUAAUCUCUGGACCACCUAUUAAAGAUCCUGGUGCCUUGUUGAGGUAUGCAUUGCCUAUUAAUAACAAAGCUAUUCGGGAGGUUCAAAAGCCUCUGGAGGAUAUAACCGACAGUCUCAAAGUUUCUGGGGUCAGAGCAUUGGAUUUGGUUGAGAGAAAUGUGAGGCAUGCAUCUCGUGCUCUCAGUCAGGGGAGAACUUUGAUUCUGUCAAGUGUGACUGAAUCCAAAAAAGAACAUGGACAAGAGUUGGUUGACAAGUUGGCCACUGGAAUGGAAGAGCUCCAGCGUAUUGUAGAGAAACGUGAUAGGGAUGCAGUUGCAGCAAAACAAAAGGUGCUUCUACAAUAUGUUGGAGAUGUUGAAGAGGAUAUGGUGGAUGGUUUCCCAUAUGAAGUGCCUGAGGAAUACCGUAGUAUGCCUCUUUUAAAGGGGAGGGCAACUGUUGAUAUGAAGGUGAAAGUUAAGGACAAUCCCAACAUACAGGAGUGUGUAUUUCAUAUAGUUCUUGAUGGAUACAAUGCCCCCGUGACAGCUGGGAAUUUCUUAGAUCUAGUGGAAAGGCACUUCUAUGAUGGAAUGGAAAUCCAAAGAGCUGAUGGCUUUGUUGUUCAAACUGGAGAUCCUCAGGGACCUGCGGAAGGUUUUAUUGAUCCAAGUACGGAAAAAAUCCGAACAAUACCUCUAGAAAUCAUGGUUACUAGUGACAAAAUGCCUGUCUAUGGUGCGACAUUAGAAGAACUUGGACGAUACAAAGCUCAAACCCAACUUCCAUUUAAUGCAUUUGGAACCAUGGCAAUGGCUAGAGAUGAAUUUGACAACAAUUCUGCUUCCAGCCAGAUCUUCUGGCUUUUAAAAGAAAGUGAACUGACGCCUAGUAAUGCUAAUAUAUUGGAUGGGCGGUAUACUGUGUUUGGAUAUGUUACUGAGAAUGAGGAUUAUUUAGCAGAUCUCAAGGUGGGAGAUGUCAUCGAAUCAAUCCAAGUUGUUUCAGGCCUUGAUAACCUUGUAAACCCAAGUUACAAGAUUGUAGGAUAGACUUCUUUAUGUACUUGAGGCCCACUUUUCAGUUUGGCUCUCUCAUCAUCUAUGUAGGCUAUGGAGCAUUUGUAUGGUGGACAUGCACUAUAGAGCCUCAAAUUCCUUUGAAUAUUUAAAAACAUGACUUCUGUGCAGCUCAUUCAAAUCUUAGAAAUUUAUUGAACCCAGUAUGCAAGUACUUCCGUAA